ACAGAGUGAGCAGAGGAGAGAGAGCAGAAUAUCUGUGACUCCAUAUCUGCACGUGUGUGUGUGAGUACAGACAACAUAUGUGGCACCGCAAAUAGGUGAGCACACGUGAAGACGUGUGGACGUUCAGCCUGCAGAAAGAUUGGAACUAAGGACUGUUAAAUACUGCUUUUCUCUUUUCCAAUUAUGUUAUUCCAAGUUGGAUUUUCCUACUUUUCUUCUUCUUCUUCUUGUUCUUCUUCCAAGUCUUAUCUUGGACCUUCAUCCGGAGAACAACUUCACUUUCCCUUGAGCUUUAAUCCCACCCUCACAUGAGUCCUCCGCUCGGCGCAGCGCUGCGUGGGCGAGGCGGCCUACCUGGAUUACUCUGAGCGUACAUGUUUGUGGGACAGAAUCACAGAAGACCGAAGAGACUGAAAGACAGGAUCAAGUGAAGACGGGAGAAGAUGUACCUGUACAAAGCAACGUGCCCGGACAUCCCCAACCCCAAGCAGAAGGGCUCCAGAGGUCCCGGCGGGGCCCAGGCCCAAGGCCUCGGUCAGGGGGGGCUCGCCAGGCAGACGUCCACGGGGACGGGGACGCGACCCUACGCUCCGCUGAUGUUGUGGACGCCAAACAAAUCCAAAAUUGCGGCGCAUCUCAAACAGCUGGAGGAGUUCCUCAACUUCCACUCGCUGUCGCUGCAGGACGCCGUCAAGAGCCAGACAGGCAUGAUCUACAGGAACCUUGGGAAGUCAGGACUCAGAGUUUCUUGCUUAGGACUCGGUACAUGGGUGACGUUUGGGGGACAGAUAACAGACGAGGUUGCAGAGCAGCUAAUGACUAUUGCCUAUGAGAAUGGAGUCAACCUGUUUGACACAGCUGAGGUCUACGCAGGCGGCAGGGCCGAAGUCAUUCUAGGAAACAUUAUCAAGAAGAAAUGCUGGAGGCGGUCCAGUAUUGUCAUUACAACUAAACUCUACUGGGGAGGAAAAGCAGAGACAGAGCGAGGACUGUCCAGGAAACACAUUAUUGAAGGUCUAAAGGGCUCUUUACAAAGGAUGCAGUUGGAGUAUGUGGAUGUAGUUUUUGCCAACCGCCCCGACAGCAACACUCCCAUGGAGGAGAUUGUUCGGGCCAUGACUUAUGUGAUCAACCAAGGAAUGGCGAUGUACUGGGGGACGUCUCGAUGGACGGCGAUGGAGAUCAUGGAGGCGUAUUCGGUUGCGAGACAGUUUAAUCUGAUCCCCCCUGUGUGCGAGCAGGCGGAGUAUCAUCUCUUCCAGAGGGAGAAAGUAGAAGUGCAAUUACCCGAACUUUACCACAAGAUAGGAGUUGGAGCGAUGACGUGGUCACCGUUGGCGUGCGGUAUCAUCUCAGGAAAAUAUGAAAAUGGCAUUCCUGAAUGUUCCAGGGCUUCCAUGAAGUCGUAUCAAUGGCUGAAGGAGAAAAUAGUGAGCGAGGACGGAAGGAAGCAACAAGCCAAGCUGAAAGAGCUCAACCACAUUGCAGAGAAGCUGGUCUGCACGCUGCCUCAGCUGGCCGUUGCGUGGUGUCUUAGAAAUGAAGGCGUGAGCUCAGUUCUUCUGGGAACAUCCAACCCUGAGCAGCUCACGGAGAACCUCGGGGCCAUACAGGUCCUUCCGAAGAUGACAUCUCAGGUGGUGUCUGAAAUCGACCACAUCUUGGGCAACAGACCGUACAGUAAGAAGGACUACCGCUCCUAGGCUGCUCACCUACCUACUGAAGCAUACUGUUACCAUGGACCUGCCCUCCAAUGUUUAAGUCCGCGGCUCUCUCCUCGGGCCCCACUCAGCUCCAGCCCCCCCCCUCGCCCCUUUAGCCUGGAACAGACUCGCUAAGCCCAGCGCCGUCCUGCUCAGAUCGGGUUCAUCUCAGGUCCUGCCGAGAGACGCGUAACAAACUCAGCUUUUUGCAGCCUCAAAACGCAUCUUAGUCCAUCAAAGGAGAUAGAGAACUUGCCCCCCCCCCCCACACACACACCUCCCAACUAAGGUGUUAUCUUUCAAGGCCGUUCCAUUUAAAUAUAUCUAUGCAGAGCUUAGUCUUACAAACACCCAUCUAGAGCCCCACAUCUCAGUUCAACUCCCUCUCAUUAAGACAUUCACAAAUCAGGUGGUAAGGCAUACACGUUCUUUACACAUUCACAUUUGGGAUUUGAGGACAGGACAGUAUGAUGAGGAUGGACUCUUUCAAGUGAGGGUGCCUUGCUCAAGGGCAACCGUCAUAGUAGUUGCUGAGUAAAAUCUUUUACUUUACCACUUGACAGACCGCGUCAAUACAAGCGGCAUACACUCGCGCAUUAGAGGCAGCUUAGAAAAGUCGGCGCAGAUGAAGAUGCUUUUGUUGCAUAAACACCAGCCAGUCAGUCAGGUGCUUUCAUUCAAUGGACCAGUGGUCGAGCAUCAGAACCAACAUGUUUCAUGCAAUGACAGUUAUCACACUUCUUUAAAAGAACUUUGUGUAUGAGGCCUCAGACAACCAGUUCCCUGUUUGCUCGAAUUACCUUCGAACUACUUAUCAAAUGUACUAAAUAUAGUUGCAUAUUUAGUGUAGCACAGAAUAGCAUACAGUAGAAAUUAUAGGCUGCAAAUCCUGAGUAUGUUAUCCAACAGAUGCAUGUUUCUCCUGCUAUUGUGUGCCUAUCGUUACUUCUCUACCAAGCACAGAAAGGGACAGAAAGGAGCUUGAUGAAAAGCACUGCGAGCUUGUCAUCUGUGGUGAAGCAAAGGAUUGUGGAGCCUCAGUGGGACCCUCUUAGUGGAGAGAGAGGGAAGCAUGUCGCCCCCUUGUGGGGUCCUACAGGAACUGCUGCUCCGCUCAUAGAGAAGAAGAAAUGACCCUUUGCAUCUGAAGUGGACAUGGUUUCUCUCUGUUUGCAUUUACGAUGGAGACAUUUGACUCCCUUUGUCGCCUGUGAACUGAACCCGAAAUGCUGAUUGCCUCAAAAAACCUAGCAGAGAAAAAGUUAGAGCAAACCCAUCAUAUGAAAGAAUGACUGGCCUUCUGGCUGGUCAUGAUCAUAAUAACUACUGCUUGGUAUCGGCAUAAAGAGGCAGGGUCUUUUGAAUGUGGCAAAGAUUACAGUAUUUAUUCUAGAGUAGUUGAUAUAUAGAAAUUUAUUUUGACAUUUUGGGAUAUUUUUUGGAGAUUUGUGAGGAUGUUUCAUGUACAUAAAAUCUAAUGGCGUACUUUGUAACACGAGCGAAACCAGGAAGAAUCCUCUCAUGCAUAUGACGACUUCACAGUACUGUAUAUGGCAACUAUAUAGAUAUGAUGUAAAUAGAGUUACGUUGCUGCUCCGAACGUAUUGUUUAAGUCCAGCCUCCUCCAGCCUGACUUUACAACGUCACAGAACUUAUUUCUGGGUCCUGAAAGAUACUUCACAAAAGUAUAUAUGAGGACUAAAAUGUUCUUUGUUUCUGCAUCACAAAGUUAGUCACUAACUGUCUCUGACUCGGUGGCUCAGCUCUCACAGCUCACGUCGUUGUCGCAGUGGGUUUUUAUUCAUCUGGAAAUCAAGCCAUCGCAGCAACCAGCAGAAAUGAUGACCAGGCUCACAAGUAAGAGUAAGACAGCUCAAACCGCCAACGCAUUUCUAAUCCUACGAAAUGUUAUCCUCAUUCAGACAUUCCCCAGAAAUGCUGUUUUAAGAUCAAGCAUCAGUGAGCACGUGUUUGGCCCGCGGUAUACUUAAAGAAGUGUGGCCUCGGUAUCAACACACCUUCUCGUGAAUAUUUGCAUUGAAUUGUUCACAUUGUCACGCAAAAAGAAGGGUGACCUGAUUUCAUCGCCGUAAAGCAACCGACCAGCAAUCUGAAAAAUCGGACUCUCCUCUUCAUAACGUGGGCGAUGAGUGGUUAAUGUUCGGAAAUAGUAAUUAGUAAAAUGUAUGAGGUGCACUCGUCAACAAGUCAACAAGCUGCCUCUGCGUUUGAAUCAGUGACCUCGCGGCCUGCCGGUGUGCGUGGAGUCCCGGGAAGACAAAAUCAGGGAUGUCUUCCAACACAAGUUGUUAAACAAAGUGAGAACAGACCAACAGGCAGAUUCCUGUAUUAUUGGAUGGCUAAUCUACACUAUAUAUCAUCUGUUGGCUCAUUUGGACAUUCGCUUAUUAAAAAACAGAAAUGAGAACUGCCUGGUGGCAAUUUUGUGUCCCGGUACCUCAGUGGGUAUUGACUUAGAAGAACAGCGUGAUACAGAAAGAACCCCUCUGUCAUCUUCCCACCAAUAAGAGGUGCGUCCCUGUCCCUCUGUUCCCCUUCUGUGUUUCCAAUAAGCAGGUGCAGCACUUUCUGGUUCACAGGUCUUUGAAUAGCGCGGCUUUGUCCUGCUGAGGCUCCACCUCGGGUCCACGAAACAAAGUGGCAGCAGAUGGCGACCAACUGGUCUCCUCCAUCGCCGCGUAUUCAGACACGACCGCAGAGCAGAGAAAACCACAGCGGCGAGACAAAGAGCGCCGCGAGGCGGCAGCUGUGCAGACGUGCAGCAGCGUGUUUGUGUCUAGAACGUAACCGCUUUGAAACAACAAAGGUGUAUUCACUUUGUUCCCACCACUCGUUCUUCCUUCUCUGCUGCUGCUCAGUGUACCUUAAAAAAUAAAAGUUAACAGCUUCUGGAAGAAUCAUUCUUGUCCACUGAUUCCUCCCACACAGCUUGCGAUGGCUUUGUUCCAUCGUGGCUUUUAUUCAGGCCGUUUCGCCCAAGCGAAUGCAGCCUUUUGCUUCAUGAUGCAUCGGUUGGUGCUCGGAGUCUUUACCAGCUCAGAGGGAAACAAUACGACGUUCAUUUGGGUGUCAAUGAAGUGUAAUAAAUUGAUGUAGGGAAACUGGAGGGAAAAAUGUAACAAAGCCAGAAACAAUUAAGCUGUGGCUGAAUUCUGAGCUCUGACUCGCAUAACAGGUCUUUUACCCAAGAUUUAUUUUUCUGAUCUGAAGAAAACCUAGAUUAAUCCCCCCCCCCAAAAAAGUAAAAUAAUCUCUUCUGCAUAUCAAAUUUGUCUACAGCAUAUUACCUAAUAAUUACUUUUGUGGAUAAAACAUUGAGCUAGGGUGUUUAAGUGUGAAUUCAUCUGUACCAUUCUCUUAUUUUCUGUAUAUAGUCUAUAUGAAAGUGUGAUUAUAAAUUAAACGCGUUGCCAAUGGAAA